AUGGUGGGAUCCUUCCCCAUAUUUUUUGAGCCUGGGAUGGAAGACUUAUUCAAGCAGGAGGACUCCGCCAGACAAUAUGUGAGUUCUUUGGCGGACUUAGCGGGCACUCCAUCAGUUGGUCAAACUGCCGACAUAGCCGCAGCAUCGGAGACUGCGACAAUGGAGAACGCAUUACCUAACAGUGUCCCGUUGGCAAGCUCGCAGCCUUUUUCUCCUGACGAGCCUGUAACUGCACUUCCAGCCGGCGUGACCUCAACCACGGAGACCAACACGGAGACUAGUACUCCAGCAGAGCCUACAAAUACAUCAUGGGAAACAUCAACUUCAACUACAUCUCAGCCAACGACUUCAACGACUUCAACAACUUCAUCUUUGAUCUCUAUCGCACCUUCUACAUCGACAUUAUCAACCACCGCCGUGUUCUCCACCACGGCUUCUUCAGCAUCCGAACAAACAACCGAACAGACAAAAUCAAACUCAGUAACAACCGAGCCUGGCUCCUACUCAGGUGGCACCUCAACAAAAACGAAAAUCGCAAUCGCAGUCCCGGUAUCAAUAAUAGGCAUAGCCUUAAUAAUAGCAUUGAUAAUAUUCCUCACCCGACGCAGCCGUCGUGAAAAAGAACGCCACAACAUGCCAUCCACUUACGACAUGGCAACAAGCCAAACAACAGCCGUCUCAACCCAAGAGCUAGUAGUCUCGCCCACAUAUGCAGCGCUAUUCCCGGGGCCACGAACACCAACAGCAGCAGUCCCUCUAUCCAGAAUGCCAGUGCUCAAUGUUCCGCCUUCUAAUAUAGGUGGACAAAGUCGUGAUCCAAGUCCUAGUCCCAGCUCUACGCGCCGUAUGUCAGUAUCUCAGGGGCCGGGACCAAAUGACUCGAAUACGGAGAUUGGGCUUGCCGUUGCUGUUCCAUUGGAUCACAGGAGGAGUGCUACAGAGCAGGAACUAAGGUCGCCGUCACGGGGAACGGUACGGUUGGCAAGAAUGCCAUUCGAUACUUCUUAUGACCCGGAAGACGACGCUGUCUCUGAAGCCUCAGAUUCGGAUGGGAGGAGGCGGGACAGAGAAUUUGAUGAGAUUUCAGAUGUGUCGUCCUUUGGUGCAUUUUCACCGACCUGGGAUGGGGGAAGGAGACAGUAUCGAUGA